AAGAAUGGAGGAAGUGGGACAAAGGGGGUAAUGAGGGAGAGAGAGAAAGAGAGAGAAGACUUCAACAUCAAGGAGAGUAAAAUACAGCUAGCAAUGAAGGUGGAUGCUCACCUACCAUAAAACCCUUCAAUCUCUCCUUACUUUUUUAGCCUUUGUUCGCUUCCUCUCUCUCCUCUCAAAUCUUUCCCAUUUCCCUUCUUUUCUUUUCACCUCUCUCUCUCUCUCUAUUUCUUCUCUUCUUAUUCAAGGUAUUGUUUCAGACCCCAUUGCCUAUUUACAUACUCUUUUUUCACUAAUUUAAACAAGGAAUGAACUGGGUUUUUAACUUGUUUGAUUGCUAGGUAGCUGAAAUUUUCAAUUGGGUUUUUGGAUGGGUAGAUAGUUUUCUUGGUUUCUCAAUGAAUUUUGUUUUUCUUUGGGCGGGAAUUGGAGUUUUUUCAGCUCAAGUUUAGCAGCUUCAGUGAGUUGUUUUUCUUUUUUGAACAGUUGGAUUGGUGUUACAUUGAAAAUUUCAGUGUCGGCAGGGAGUAUUAUAUAGAAUUAUGGGUUCAAGAAGCAGUUUUCUUAGUCUUUUCAUCAAGAAUACUCUGUUUGGUAGCUGUGAAAGUGGAGGAAAUGAGGAUAAAUUGAACUGAAUUUGAGAACUGAAGUUUUCAUUAUUUCAGUCAUUACCAAUCCCAGUAUGAACUAAAAACCAAUUUCCCAAUUUUUUCCACUCUUUUUCUUUUUACUGAAUUGAGUUCUCAUUUUGUCUUAUCAAUUAAACAAAAGGAGACCAUAGUUCUCAAAAUUCAAUUCCUUGUUUCCUUCAUUUUUCCUGAGGAACAAACAGAGUAAUGUGGAGAAAGUAAAAUGAAAAUGAUUAUUGAUAGUUUUGGUUUUUCUGAAACACUGAAUAAGAAGCUUUCUGCUGUUUUUUUCAUUCAAUAAAUUGCACUAUACAUUUCAGCUACCAAAGUAAUUUAUGUACUAACAGUUUCAAUUUUGUUAACUUAUCUUGCAGGUUUCUCAAGGAAAUUCUCUUCAUUUUCCUGGAAAACUUCUCUUCUUUCCAGAAAAUUUUAAUUACUGAGUAUCAAAAGGUUUUUUUGGAAUAAUUAAUAUAAAGAAAACAUGAUUGGACCAACGAAUUUCAUCGAUGAGAUAGAUUGCGGCAGCUUCUUCGACCACAUAGACGACCUCCUCGACUUCCCUAACGAGGAUGCUGAGGUUGGCUUAUCCGCCUCCGACGUCAAUGCCGCCGCUUUUCCUAGCAUUUGGACGACGAAUUCCGAGUCAUUACCUGGUUCUGACUCUGUUUUUUCCAACAACAAUGCUUCCGACCUGUCCGCGGAAAUUUCUGUUCCGUAUGAAGAGAUUGUUCAAUUGGAAUGGUUGUCAAACUUUGUUGAAGAUUCUCAUUGUGGAGCGAGCUUGACAAUCAAGAAAGAAGAGUCCUUUUCAAUCAAUAAGGAGUCAUCCCGUCAUCAAUUCCAGAGUUCCAGUCCAAUUUCUGUUCUUGAAAGCAGCAGCUCUUGCUCGGGGGAGAAAACAUUGCCGCGCAGCCCUGAAAUGGCUGCCCCUGGAAGGCGAGGACGUGCACGUAGCAAACGUCCCCGCCCUGCCACCUUCAACCCUCGUCCCGGGAUUCAGCUUAUUUCCCCAACUUCAUCUGUCAAUGAAAAUGACAUUCCUCAGCCAUUCGUUUUCUCCAAGGUGCCUUCGGACUCUGAGAACUAUGCUGAGUCGCGGCUGUUGAUCAAAAUACCUAGGCAAGUUAAUCCGGAACAUAAGAAGAAAAAGAAGAUCAAGUUGUCACUUCCAGCUGCUCCAGCUGAUAAUACUCAAAAUCCAUCAGGACCAGCAGUUAGGAAAUGUAUUCACUGUGAGAUAACCAAGACACCACAAUGGAGGGCAGGGCCAAUGGGGCCAAAAACCCUUUGCAACGCUUGUGGCGUUCGCUACAAGUCCGGCAGGCUCUUCCCCGAAUACCGGCCUGCCGCAAGUCCAACAUUUGUUCCAUCGUUGCACUCCAAUUCUCAUAAGAAAGUGCUUGAGAUGAGAACCAAAAGUGGUACCGCAGCACUCACUGCAACAAUGGUCACCAAUUCACCAGAGCUGAUUCCAAAUGAAAGCAACCCAGCAUUAGAUUAUAUAUGAGGGAGGGUGUGGAGAAUUGUGAGAUCCCAUUGUUGGAUAAUCUUUCUCCUCUCUGUUUCCCUCUCCCUCUCUCUCUUUUUUCCCUUGUGUUAUUCUCUUACUCUUAUUUUAUCUCAUUGUUCAUUGUUUUUCUGUACAGGGUUGGAAUGGGGGGAAUAGUAGCAAUAGAUAACCAAUAUUUUAGAUAGUAGAGAGGGAUUGCAUUGAGAGAACUGAGAAAAAAGGUAGAGAAAAUGGAAGCUUAAGGGUUAGCAGAGUAGUAGGUUUUAGUAAUAUGAGGUCAUUAGUUAUUGGAGUCGGUGUUGUUUUCUUUCUUUUUUCUUCCUCCCCGUAGGAAUUCUUUUUGCAGUUCAAUUUGUUAGUAUAAAUCAAAAUUCUGAGAUGAGUUAUGGAAUUCAAGAACCUGUUAUUUUCAGUUCAAAA